AUGACCUCUCAUGUGGCAGUGAAGAGACAUUGCCGAGCCGUCAUCUUUGCAGAGGUGUGGAAACAGAUGCUGCAGCUACAGUCCAGAAGCCAGGACUCAGAAGAUGUCGAGGAGAUGGUUAAGGAAUCGCUGGGGUUCUCAUUGGAAAGACACAAGGAACAAGAGGCUGACUGUAACUUCAGGGAUCAAGAUGUACCAGAGAGGCAGUUGGGAAGCCAUAUAGAGAAGACCAGGGAUAAACCCAUUCCAUGCCAAGGACAGGAUUUCCAUGAAAUAAUUCAUAUGGCAAAGGAAACAUACAAAUGUUUGGACUGCGAAUUGAAUUUCUCAGAUCAAACUCAAUAUGAUUUCGAUUUGCAAAAGCACCCUGAAAAGAAGGCCCAUAAUUGCUUGCAAUGUGGAAAGGGCUUCCUUUGUGGAGAAGAGCUCAUGAGACAUCAAAGAAUCCAUAUAGGAGAGAAAUUGUAUUGCUGCUCAGACUGUGGCAAGAGAUUCUCAGAGAAAUCAAACCUUACUCAACACCAGAGAGACAGUUCCCACCAUUCAGGAGGGGAGACAUUUAUCUGUUUAGAGAGUGGAAAGCAUUACUCUGAUGGGAAAGCGCAUAUAUGUUUUCCAUGUGGAAAGUAUUUCAAAUGCAGAUUACAGCUCCUUGUGCACCAAACAACCCACACAGAGGAGAAACCUUUUGAGUGCUCAGGGUGUGGAAAGAGAUUUUGUAGGAGUGACGAUCUUCAAAAGCAUUUAAGAACCCACACAGGGGAGAAGCCUUUUGAAUGCUCAGAGUGUGGAAAAAAAUUCAGUCAGAGUGGCAAUCUUCAAAGACAUCUAAGAACCCACAUAGGGGGGAAACCUUUUGAGUGCUCAGAGUGUGGAAAGAACUUCAAAUGGAGAGGCCAUCUUCAGAGACAUCAGAGAACCCACACAAGAGAUAAACCGUUUGUAUCUGCAGAGUAUGGAAAGAGCGUCAACUGCAGUGGUGAACUUCAAGAGCAUCAGAGAAACCACACAGGGGAGAAACCUUUUGAAUGCUCAGAAUGCAGAAAGAAAUUCAGUCAGAAUGGCAAUCUUCAAAGGCAUCUAAGAACCCACAUAGGGGAGAAACCUUUUGACUGUUCAGAGUGUGGAAAGAGCUUUAGCUGCAGAGGGCAUCUUCAAGAGCAUCAAAGAAUCCACACAGGGGAGAAACCUUUUGAAUGCUCAGAAUGUGGAAAGAAAUUCAGUUGGAGUGUCAAUCUUCAGCGACAUCAAAGAAUCCACACAGGGGAGAAACCUUUUGAAUGCUCAGAGUGUGGAAAGAGGUUCAGCUUGAGUGGCACUCUUCAGCAGCACCAAAGAAUCCACACAGGGGAGAAACCUUUUGAAUGCUUAGAGUGUGGAAAGAAAUUCACUCAGAAAUCCAACCUUCAACAACAUCAAAGGACCCACAAGAGGGGAAACCAUGUAGCUUCUCAGACUGUAACAAGACCUAACCCCGUAUUUCACACCUUAACAACAACCACAGACUAUAAACAGAGUUGA